UAAAAAAUAUAUAUUAUUGAGGCUCAGAGGGAGUUUCACCGACUGCGAAGCGUAGUGGGCUGGAGACUGGGCUGGAUCCGCCCCUGCAUAGCUCGAUCGAUCGGUUCGUACGUCGACACCUGCGUGUUGCCAAAACGGAGCAUCAUGCACAGCGGAGUGAUAAGCCAAAGCACAUGAUGCCGUGCCAGACUGCCAGCGAAGUGAUGCCGUGCCAGACUGCCAUCGGACAACAUAGUACAGUAGCUGAUAUUGUCGUACCGAGGAAAUAGAUACUGCUGUCUGCCGCUGUCCAUUAAUCGGUAACUUUGGUUUUUUUAUAUAUUUUUUUAAAAAAACACAGCAGUGAUGGUACACUUCAGUCGUACAACACACUCAUUUCAGUCCUGAUCUACACUAAUCUUCUUUCCUGUAAUUUCACGAGAAGACUCGAAAAGUAUGCAAAAGAAAGGAUCAACGUAGUAUUAUAUAAGAAUAUCAGAGUGAAGCUAGCGGCAGGAGGUGGCAAGAACACGCAAUCCCUGCGCGAUGAUCAGAGCAGUGCACGUCGCUCUCAGGUGCAGGGGGAAGAGCAGAGCCUCGGCCACCGCCGCUCUGGUCGCGAACCACUUCUCCACGUCCUCGAAUUCCGAAAGGUUGACCGGGAAGGUGGCCGUGAUCACCGGCGCCGCCAGCGGCAUCGGCAAGGCGACCGCGAUAGAGUUCGUGAAGAAUGGCGCGAAGGUCAUCCUCGCGGACAUCCAGGACGACGCCGGCCGCUCCAUCGCCGCGGAGCUCGGACCGGGGGCGAGCUACACGCGUUGCGACGUCACGGACGAGGCGCAGGUCGCCGCGGCCGUGGACCGUGCCGUGGAGCUUCACGGCCGGCUCGACGUGCUCUACAGCAACGCCGGCGUGAGCGGGUCGAUGGCCCCGGUCCCGCUGGGCGCCCUCGACAUGGCGGAGUUCGACCGCGUGAUGGCGGUCAACGCGCGGGCCAUGGUCGCGUGCGUGAAGCACGGCGCGCGCGUGAUGGUGCCUCGCCGGAGCGGGUGCAUCCUGUGCAUGGCCAGCGUCGCGGGGAUGCAGGGCGGCGGGAUGCCCCACGCGUACAACGUCUCCAAGGCGACCGUGAUCGCGCUGGUGCGGUCGGUGGCGGGGGAGCUGGCGAGCCACGGCGUGCGGGUGAACUCCAUCUCGCCCUACAUCAUGGCGACGCCGUUAGGGAUGAGCGCCAUGGCGCAGAUGUUCCCUGGCAUGGGGGAGGAGGAGCGGAGGCGCCUGAUCGAGGAGGGCCUGAGCGAGCUGCGCGGCGCGGUGCUGGAGGCGGAGGACGUGGCGAGGGCGGCCGUGUACCUGGCUUCCGACGAGGGCAAGUACGUGAGCGGGCACAACCUUGUGGUGGACGGCUCGUACACCGCGACGAAGCGGCCGAGUGGUUUCCCGGCCUGACCACCAGUCCACCACGCCGUCAACAAGGUCCGGUGUACUCUGCAAUAAGACAUUUCCAACCGUAUUUUCUUCGUUUCUUUCCUUUUUUUAUUCCACUUCUCAUUCUCAUUCUAUUUAUUUUCUCUCAUUUCUAAUAGUUUUCUUUCGAAAGGAUUCGUGAAAUUCUCUCAUUUCUAAUAGUUUUCUUUCGAAAGUAUUCGUGGAAGAGAAGGAAAGAGAAUUUCGAUUUUGAGAA